UAUUUUUUAAUAUUGAUUAUUCAUUGUCGUAAUAUUUUUAACGGUUAUCGUAUCUAAAUAGUUAUUUUCCCAGAAUCCAUGUAAGCUUCUCGACCGGACUUUGAACCUUCCCAUUGGAGACAGUCAAAAGGAACCGUGUCCAUCUUCGGUUCCUCUGCCUCUAAAAGUUAUUCCUUUCUUUCAACCGUGUCACAUAUCAUCUCUCUCUCUCUGUCUUUGUUUAGAUCUCUUCUUCCCACUAUAACAAAAUCUUCUCGGGUGGGUUUUCCCCGAUCUGGGUCGGAUCUGAUUCCUCGGAAGCAACGAAUCUCGAGGCUUCUUUUUGUUUUGGCUUUCGGGGAAAGGCUAGAAUCAUUUCUCAAAUACGGAGAUAUAACAUAAAGUUCCUUACUUCAGCAGCUGAUUAGCUUCAUUUGUGGUUGGUCUGCUUCUUGAUCUGGGUAUACAAAAAAGUUUCCUUUUUCGGCAAAUUGUUUCUGGGUUUGGGGUUUUGAAUUUCGAUCUGUUUUCGGGUGUUUGAAUGAUUGAAUUUCGAUUCUUACUGUCUUAUAUCUGUUAAAAGUUGUCGGCUUUACUCUAGGCAUUUGGGGAUUUUGUUUGGGUUUUGGGUUUUAUCUCCAAUUUUUCAGAUUUGUUUGCUAUCGGAGAGUUGCAACAAAUAGGGUUAUGAAUUGGUCGAAAAUUGCAAUCUUUAGACUUGUGUUUCUUAGUUGAGAGGGUUUUAGGUUUUAAGAUGAUGGAACUUGAGUUGGGUUUCUCCUUGUGAAAGAUUGAGUCUUUUUAAAGCGCUUUUGUUUGUUAUAUCCCACUACUGAGAUAUGGCAAGCACCAUUGAUGUUACCAAGUAUGGUCACAGUCCUGUUCAUCACGCUGUUGUCACAAGGGAUUAUGCCGGUCUCAAGAAACUAUUAUCCGCUCUUCCGAGGAUGCGUGACCCGUCUGAGGUUAAAAACGAAGCAGCUUCUGUAGCUGAAGAGACCAAAGCGGAUUCAAUUGCAGCUGUUAUAGACAGGCGUGAUGUAGUUAACCGAGACACUGCUCUUCAUUUGGCUGUAAAGCUCGGUGAUGAGACCUCCGCAGAGAUGCUUAUGGCUGCAGGAGCUGAUUGGAGCUUGCAGAAUGAGCACGGAUGGAGCGCUCUACAAGAAGCUAUUUGUGGUAGAGAAGAGAGGAUCGCUAUGAUUAUCGUUAGGCAUUAUCAGCCUCUAGCUUGGGCUAAAUGGUGCAGGAGGCUGCCUCGGCUUCUUGCUACAAUGCAUAGAAUGAGAGAUUUCUAUAUGGAGAUCACUUUCCAUUUCGAGAGUUCUGUUAUACCUUUCAUUUCCAGAGUGGCUCCUUCGGAUACUUAUAAGAUUUGGAAGAGGGGUGCCAAUCUUAGAGCGGAUAUGACAUUAGCUGGGUUUGAUGGUUUCAGGAUUCAAAGAUCAGAUCAGACUAUACUUUUUCUUGGAGAUGGGUCAGAGGAUGGUAAAGUUCCUUCCGGUUCUCUUCUGAUGAUAUCACAUAAGGAUAAGGAGAUUAUGAAUGCUCUAGACGGUGCUGGAGCUGCCGCAUCAGAAGAAGAAGUUCGUCAAGAAGUGGCCGCAAUGUCCAAAACUAGCAUUUUCAGACCCGGGAUCGAUGUUACUCAAGCUGUUCUCUUCCCGCAAUUAACAUGGAGGCGUCAAGAGAAGACAGAAAUGGUUGGGCAAUGGAAAGCAAAAGUGUAUGAUAUGCACAAUGUAGUUGUUAGUAUAAAAUCAAGAAGAGUACCAGGUGCAAUGACCGAUGAGGAGCUUUUCUCAAACACUAAUCAAGAAAACGAUACAGAAAGCGAAGAUCUUGGAGAUAUCUUGACGGAAGACGAGAAGAGGCAGCUGGAGUUAGCACUCAAGUUGGAUUCACCGGAAGAAUCUUCUAACAGCGAGAGCUCUAGGAUUUCUCAAAAGCAGAAUAGUUGUUCUUUCGAGGAUCGAGAGAUUCCAGUAACGGAUGGAAACGGGUAUUGCAAACAGGAGAAGAAAGGAUGGUUCAGUGGAUGGAGGAAACGAGAGGAAGGGCACAAACGAAGUAGUGUUCCUCCAAGAAGUUCACUUAGUGUCGAUGAGAAAGUAAGCGAUCUUCUUGGGGACGAUGAUUCUCCAUCUCGUGGAGGAAGACCGAUAAAACCGGGAAGACACUCAACGGUUGAGACUGUUGUGAGGGACGAAAACCGGGGAUUAAGGGAUUCAUCAAAAGCUUCAACAUCAGAAGGCAGUGGAAGUAGCAAGCGAAAAGAAGGAAGCAAAGAGAAUGAGUACAAGAAAGGGCUUAGACCGGUUCUUUGGCUUUCAGAGAGAUUCCCAUUACAGACAAAAGAGCUUCUUCCAUUGCUCGAUAUCCUUGCAAACAAAGUCAAAGCAAUUCGGCGUUUGAGAGAGCUUAUGACCACAAAACUACCUUCGGGAACAUUCCCAGUCAAGGUUGCUAUUCCCGUAAUUCCUACGAUUAGAGUACUCGUCACAUUUACAAAGUUUGAAGAGCUAGAAGCUAUUGAAGAUGAGUUUGUUACACCGCCAUCUAGUCCAACUUCUUCGGUGAAGAACAGUCCUAGAGAAGAAAUACAGAGCUUAUCAAACUCAUCCUCCUCAUGGUUUCAAUGGAUCAAAACACCGAGCCAACGUCCAUCAACAAGCUCGAGCUCUGCAGGGUUUAACAUUGGUAAAGCCGAAAACGAUCAAGACCCAUUUGCAAUUCCAAGAGGAUACAAUUGGAUCACAGCUGAAGAGAAGAAAAAGAAGGUCCAAGAGAAGAAUAAAGCUAAGAAGGGCAAGUCAUCUCAGAACAGCUGAAGAAAAAGAAAACACAAGUAAGAAAUGAUCUUUCUUUGUCUCUGAGAACAUAAAUACUCAAAGUAGGAAAAAUCUAGCAGAUUAUUAUUACUGGAAAAGUGAAAAACAAAUCAAACCUUUUUCCUGGUUCUUGUACUAAUAAACCAGGGGAAAAACAAAUUCAAUUAAAUAUAGCGGGGGAAAUUGAGGGAGUGAUGUGGGUUAAUGUUGUUGUGACUUUAUAUUUGCUUAAUUAUGAUUCUUUCUUUGUCAUCUGGUUUUAAUCGUUGGAGAUGAUUAUUAUAUCUCUGUAUCAUCA